GAUCUCUGCCCGUGCAGUUGUGCGUAGCGUGCUCUCGUCACAAUAGCCAUCAUCUCCAGCCGUAGUAGUAGUAGUAGUGGUAAAACCCCUCUGCGCCCCCCUUUCCUGGGUCCCAGUUCCUCAUUCAGGCCAACCUUCAGAUUGUGUGUUGCUUAAUUUGCUUUGGACAUCUGGCUGGCUCGAUGUGCCACUAGUGUUUGCGGUUGUCUAGAGUUACGGAACGAAAAUCAUAGAAAAGGGUGCCCAAGAGAACAUACUCUUAUAGUUGCCACUAAACGGGGGCACGGUUACGUAGUGUUCGUUGAUCCAGUAGGCAUAGACUUUUGAUGUGCAGAAGAAGCAGUAAGAGUGCCACGAAGAAGCGGUAGUGCUGCUGUCUUGUGAAUUCGCUGAGGUUAGGUUCUGCGAUUUUUAGUGACACAUUUUGGACACAUUUCCGUGCGCGCCGACCAAAAGCAUGGCCGACAGUCUGGUGGAGAGCCCGGCGGCCAGUUCGGGCCAUUUGAUGAAUCUGAACGUCAUGAACUCGCUGGCCGGAAGCGGCGGCGGUGGCGAACCGAGUGGCAGCGCCUCGUCCUCGUCCUCGUCGUCGUCCUCCUCUGCCAGCUCGGUGGCCACCUCCUCGUCAAGCCCUGCUUCCGGAGUCGACGGAGUGGCGGCGAGCGUUUCCCCAACAGUGCUGAUUUCGGUCAGUGCGGCCGCCAGUUCCGGUAGCCCGGCGACGGCACCGUCCGAUGUGUUCCUGAAUCAGUUCAUGGUGCAGCAUCGGGCCAACAUCGCGAACAUGCACAACAACAAUAAUCAGCAGCAGCAGCAGCCGUCUUCCUCGUCGACGGCUGCGCUCGUGGCCGUGUCGUCUUCGGGACAGACUCCACAAACUUCUGCUUCCGCCGUCGUGCCCAUCGUCGCCCCACCGUCCACACCGUCGUCGUCGUCGUCCACCACCACGGGGGCCUCGUCCUCGUCUGUCGCCGCCUCCUCGUCCUCGUCCACAGCCGUUCAGCAGCAGCCGCUGGAGUUGCUGCACCGGGAGCUACCGAAGAUGGCUCCGGGUGGCAACCGCGGUGCGAGCUCGGCACCGCUCGGCACGGGCCAGCACGGUGACGGCGACGACCGGGCGGGCGGUGACGGGGACGAUGGGUGCGGCGAACCGGAAGCCAAGCGGAAGAAAGUGGACAAACCGACCACGAAGGUCGAAAAGCUGGAACUUCGGCUCGGCGGCAUCCUGUGCUGCGCCGUCUGCCUGGACCUGCCCCGGACGGCCAUGUAUCAGUGCUCCAUGGGUCAUCUCAUGUGUGCCGGAUGCUUCACCCAUCUGUUGGCCGAUGGCAGACUUCGCGAUCAGAACGCAACGUGCCCGAACUGUCGCACGGAGAUCAGCAAAAACAACUCGUCGCGCAAUCUGGCCGUUGAAAAGGCCGUGUCGGAGCUGCCGGCCGAAUGUCAGUACUGUAGCAAUGAGUUUCCGAAUCGUACGAUCGACUACCACGAGUCGAAUGAGUGCGAAGAUCGGCCCACCGAUUGCCGCUUCGCCCGGAUCGGCUGCCAGUGGCGUGGCCCCAUCCACGAGGUGUCGUCGCACGAGGCCAACUGUGCCCAUCCGAAGAAGUCCGGCGCUGAGGUGAUGGUGGCGCUGCAGGCGCACGAUGCAAAGGCGGCCGAAGAUAAGCAGCUGUUUCUCACGCUGAUCGAUCUCCUGAGCUAUGAGAAGAUCAUUUUCAACGAUUUGCAGCUGAAACCGUACCGAACGGACGAGUAUGUACACCGCUUGUACUACGAGACAAGCCGCUUCUCUGCCUUCAACCACCAGUGGGUAGUGAAGGCGAUCAUCAACAAGAGCCAGCGUGAUCCGCAUGAGUCGUGCGAGCGUGACAUAACCUAUCAGCUCAUUCUGAAAUCCAAAACUUCGACACCAUUGCCGAUGCACUUCUUCGUGCUGCGUGGGCCGUUCUCGGACAUCAAGGCUAGUACGCAGAUCUACAAGCACGAUUUUGCUGACACCGAAGCGGAGAGUCCUUUCCGGCUGCUCCCGUUGCCGGAUACCGCCGAAUGCAACAGGCUGUUGGCGGCGAAAGCAAUUAAUUUCAGAUUAAUCAUGUUCUUGGCAUCGAAAUAAGGAACACAAUGAAGGCGUUACUGCUCGACAGAAGUUUGCUUUUUUGCAUUAUUGGUAACUUCACGUAAAGAUUAUUAAGUUUGGUUUAGGAUUGUCGGUGUGCAAACCCAAAUUUUUUCGUGCAAAUUUGAUCAUCCGCUGAUAAACGUUGGCAAACACACAACGGGCAAAAUGAAGUAUAGAAAUAAUCCAAAGCUGAAAUCAACCAGCAUUGGUAUGGACCCAUUUUUUAAUACAUUUCUUACAUGGGUAAAAAAAGUUCAUGAUUUCACCAUUUAAAAGGACCAAAACAUUAGCUCUUUUACUUUAUGCUUACAUACGCGUGUUAUCACUAAUCGCCCGAACGCAUCGCCCUAGUUUUAUAUGAUUUUGACAUACGUAAUCGCAUAACAUCGGUACUAGAGACACACAUUUUUGCUAGCAAAAACUGUUAAUUGUGGUUUGUCGAUAGGCAAGACACGCAAACCUGGAAUCCUGAAGAAACUGUGCUAUAACAAAGAUGUGACAAGAACAUCCUUGUAGCGGUCCGAUACGAUCGGAUGCCAGCAAUUAAUAAUACACGAUGCCAUCUUCACGAAUACGCAUUCGACGACAAGAAAAUAUUUAGCAUAGUGACGUAGCUUAGAGAUGCGAAAGUAAAGAGGCGCACCGAUAAGGAACAGAUAUUACGACGAAUCCACGGCAAUAGAUGUUCUAGAUCUUUAGGCUUUAUUUUUUCCGACGUAUUUUUUUUACCAUCAUGCCAGCAAAAAAUUGAUAUCUCUUCGUUAUAUUUUUUGUACUAAUGAAGGGUUCAUGGUCCGAGUUUCAUAGCGUUGGUACAUUAGGACAUGAUACAAAAGCGAACGAGGGAUUUGUGAUACACGAACUUUGCAGCAAACGAAACACGAAUAUGGAUCAAGUGUGUGAGAAAAUACCUAGACCGUAAGAUGUUUUGCAUAACCCGAAAAAUUAGGUAACGUAAUGCUUUUGUGAUAACAAAAGUCGAUGCUUCGGAUUGUUUUGAGGAACGAAAAGCAGCUGCUGGCUACUUAUUCCCCGCUCUCGCAUUAAUUACAUUUAAUACGAAGUUGAGACGAGGUGUUGAUAGCAGUUGAGCAUAACGAGAAAAAAAACGGUGAUGAUUAUCUACAUAAGUGAGUUUAAAAAUAAGCUACAUGAUUUUCUUUUUACUCUGCUUAAAUUUUUUUCCAAAAAGCCACAUAUGAGAAUCGUUUACAUAAAAGACAAUUUAACGAUUAUGGUCGAUUCGAUUGGUCAGCAUAGCUAUUUUAUAAGACAACGAUGUGUUUCUUUGACAGUGUUUAUCCUUACAAUACUACCCCCUAGGUGAUAAGAUGUGCCCAAAUGCUUAUCGUUAGUCGUACGAUUUCUUCAUUUGCUUUUUUCCUAUCUACGCUCGUAUUUUUUUGUGUAACUUAUCCAAAACUAUAUUCUCUUACGAAUGUCUUACAUCUGAUACUAUAGCCGCUAAGAUCGAAUAUAUUUUGUUUCUUUGAA